AGAUUACACCUGGAAAGUGACGCUUGAUGAUUGGUUUUUAAACCCUUCAUCUGACGCUCUUUGGGUAUGCAGGUUCGGCUCAAGAGACAAAAUUGGUUCAGUUGAAGAAGAAGAAAGGCCCCAAGCGCUCGAGAGAAGACAAAAAUGGAAGCCGGAGAACAGAGCGAGUGGUGUACAAAAGCAUGGGCCCAUCUAAGCUCAGUCCGGAAUCAAUCGCCGCUAAUCCAGUGCAUCACCAACUUCGUAUCCAUGGAUCUAACGGCAAACACUCUCUUAUCCGCUGGUGCAUCGCCGGCUAUGCUUCACUCUUCAAGCGAAAUCCCCGACUUCACUCCUCAAAUCCACGCGCUUUAUAUCAACGUUGGAACACUCUCUGAUACCUGGCUACCGGCCAUGAAGCUUGCUGCUGAAUUGGCUUCCCAGUUCAAAAAUCCCUGGGUCCUUGACCCUGUCGCCGCUGGUGCUUCUGGUUUUCGGUUAAAAGCGUGUUUGGAUCUUGUCUCCCUUAAGCCAACCGUUAUCAGAGGCAACGCCUCCGAAAUCAUUGCGUUGGCUAACGCUUCCUUGGGGACUACUAAAGGCGUAGAUAGCUCUCACGACUCAACCGACGCCGUCGAAGCCGCGAAAUCCUUGGCUAAUUCCAGCGGUGCCGUCGUGGCGGUGUCGGGGGCAGUCGAUUUCAUCACCGACGGGAAUCGAGUCGUUGGAGCUCGAAACGGCGUGCCGAUGAUGCAGAAGAUCACGGGCACCGGAUGCGCCGUCACGUCAUUGAUCGCCGCUUUCGUCGCAGUGGAUCCGUCGCACCCUUUGGAAGCAACGGCUUCCGCGAUGGCCGUGUUUGGCGUCGCCGCUGAGAUCGCGAUGGAGAUGGCUAGAGGUCCGGCUUCGUUGCGGAUGCACUUGAUUGAUUCUCUCCAUGGACUUGAUCAAACGGCUGUCAUUUCUCGUGUUAAAAUCACCUCUUUGUAUGAAAUCCAAGGUAAAUUUUAAGGUUAGUUUCUAUAAUUCAAUAAUUAAGAAUAAUAUUUAGCCCAUUGCCAUAUCAAUAUAUGUGAAUGGAAGAGGUUUAAGAGAUUGAUAAAUCAAAGGGGAAAUAUUUUGAAAUUUAUAAUUGUUAAAUUGAAAGAUUGAAGCUGGAAAGGAAGACAUUGUUCAUUUUUCACACAACCGGACAAUUUUCAAGACCUCGGUAAGUCCAUGCCUGUACUUCCAGCAGUCAUUGAUGUGUGUGACGUGGGUGCUUGAAGUUGAGGUUUGCUACCUUCAAUCAUGGCUGUGAAUGAAAUCAUUUGGAUUGUUCCAUCUCUAGAGCUGGUUUACAUAAACUCUUUGAGCUUUCCUUAUUGCCUGUGACGUUAAACAGAGCUGGCGGUGACUGUGUCAUCGACAAUGAUGAUUGUUUUGAAGCCUAGUUGGUCCUCGAGGGAUCUGAGGAUUACCAUUUUCAUUUUAAUUGCCUGCGAAAGCUGCACUGGCAAAGCCAGCUCCUAAUGGGAGAUGCAUUGUUGCCAUUGACAAUAGGAAUAGCCACCACUGCCAGUAAUUGAGAUCUUCGACUUACUUUACAUACAAUAAUUUAAAAUAUGAUACAA